AAGGGCCAUAAAACACCAACGAAAGAUACGUCCAGCCUUCCGGAAAACGGCAGGAGCGACCAGCUGCGUUGUUUUGCUGCUGAGACAACUAGCUAGCUAGCUAGCCAUCCAUCGAUCGGUGCUAGCAAACAAACAACUAAACUGAAUAUGGCUGGAACUUCAUCAGUAGCUGGUGAAGUAUUUGUCGAUGCCCUACCGUAUUUUGACCAGGGUUAUGAUGCAACGGGCGUUAGAGAGGCGGCUGCAGCCUUGGUAGAGGAGGAGACUCGCCGAUACAGACCCACCAAGAACUACCUCAGUUAUAUGCCAACACCUGAUUUCACUACAUUUGAAACUGAAAUCAUGAGGAAUGAGUUUGAGAGGCUAGCAGCCCGGCAGCCCCUGGAACUUCUCAGCAUGAAGAGAUAUGAGCUUCCAGCUCCAUCAUCAGGGCAGAAGAAUGACAUCACUGCAUGGCAGGAGAGUGUGAACAACUCCAUGGCUCAGCUGGAGCAUCAAGCAGUGCGCAUUGAGAACCUGGAACUUAUGGCACACUACGGUACCAAUGCAUGGAAGGUCUACAAUGAUAACCUGGCCUUUAUGAUUGAAUUGGCUCAAAAAGAACUACAGAAAUGUAGAAAGCAGAUUCAGGACUUGAACUGGCAACGGAAGAAUGAUCAGCUUGCAGGCGGGGCCAAGCUGAGAGAGCUGGAGUCAAAUUGGGUGUCCCUCGUAAGUAAGAACUAUGAGAUUGAACGUGCCAUCGUCCAGUUGGAGAAUGAAGUUGGACAGCUCAAACAGCAGCGUGGUGACGAGAACAAGGAAAACAUUCGACAGGACUUCUAGAAACAGAACCUUGCAGAAGAGACAUUUUACAAGAAAGGAAAUGUUGAGCUUGCAGCUGAGAACAACGAAAACCAA